UGUGAACUUCAAACUGUCUUAGUUCGUUAGCCAAAUUAUAUUAGGUUAGUAGCACACAGAAAAGCCUUUAAUCGAAGUUAUAAUCAAGAGAAACCAAUAAAACCCUUUAAAUUGUCCAUUAUUUAUUAAUUUUUUGUGUGAGUAGUGAUUUUAUUUCUCUGGAGGAGGUCACUUCCCCGAAUAACCAUGCAUGGCCACACCUUGGAGUCGGAACGCCCAGUCCCCGGCCUCUGGGACAAUCCUGGAGUGGCGAUCUUCGCCACCUCCGCCCAGGAGCCCAUUCCCAACAUGCUGACCCACUUGAAGCCAAUGCCGGUUGGCGACGAAUGUGUCUCUGAUAAGGAUGCCUGCCGCCUGCUUUCCCAGACCUCGGUGGCGGAGAACACGCUGUACCGACAGGUCAAGCACCAGGUGGAAGAAGUGGCCGCCCAGCGCAACACUUACAUGCAUCCGCGCCAGGGUCAGGAGCAAAAGGACGCAGAUAUCACCCUCGGAUUGGCGGCGGAAUUGGCCCGCCAGCAGGUGGAGGCCAGCAGAUGCCGCCAGCUGCACAGGAAUGUGGAGAACCUGAGGGAUCUUGAGAUGGAGGUGGCGCGGGCACACACUGCGCUAUCCGUUAAAAACAAGAUCAUCAAUAAUAUCAAGCAGACGGUGGAGGACAAGCAGCGGGAGCGAACUGAGGCUCUGGCGAAGCAGCGGGCCAUCGAGCAGGAGGAACAGGAGGAGAAGAGGCAAAGGGCUCAGAAGGCCGCGGCUUUUCGCAAAGACCUCAUGAACCAGAUCACUGAGGCUCGCAAUAAGAGGCUGAAGGAUCAGCGAGAGGCCAUCGAGGAGGGACGCAAGGAGCUCAAGGAGUGCAAGGACAAGGUGGAGCAGGACAACCUCCGUGAUGCCAUGCACAAGGUGGAGCAGCGCAGGGUGCUGCUGGAAUCCCUGGACCAAUCGGCAGCCAUGCUGAAGCAAACCCGCGAGGCCUACGCUCUGGCCCAGAAGAACAAGCCGGAGAGAGGAGUCCUCGACGCCCUGGGACCCGUGACGGCGGCCUAUGUGGCCAAGGCCCAGAAGAGGCACCGGGAGGAGAUCGAGGCCAGGGACAUAAACGCCGCUCGGCUGGGCUUCCAGCUUAGUCAGAUCAAGCACGAUCUGGAGUCCCGCGACCAGCUGAUCACCAGCCUCCUCAUCCGCGAGUUCAAGGCCAAGGAGAAUGCGAAGGCCCUGGAGCAGGCCCGAAACAAGAGGGUCAAGAAGCAAGAGAUCCGCGAGCAGCUGCUCAGCCAGCGGGAGGAGCAGAAGUUCUUCCGCGAGAAGGCCGUGCAGGAUGCCCUGAUCAAGGCCAAGGAUCCCAUGUGCUUCGGCGAGCGGCAGUAUCGGAUGCAGGUGGCCCAGAAGGAGAACACACGACGACUGGAUGUCCAGUGCUAUCAGGACAUGGCCCUAAUGGUUGAGGAGGCCAAGAAGCGACGGCUGGCCGACGCCCAGGAGGUGGAGGACAUCCUCCAGGAGCUGCGCAACGUGCAGGAGCGCCAGGAUGCCUUUGUCGCAGCGGAACGGAUGAAGUUGCUCGCCCAGCAGCCAAACGAAGUUCUCUCCGCGCUCAAAAAAUCCAUUCUAACAGAAGAGGAGAUCAAUACCUUUAGCCUUAAGAAGUGAUUAAGAAGUGAUUGAACCAAAAAGGAGACUAAUACGAAGAAGUUAUUUAGGAGCGAUGAAACAGUGUCCAAGAAGUGAUUACACCUUUUAAACGUUUGUUAUAUUUUUUGGGUCUUUUAUUAUUGUAAUCCAAAUUAUGUAGGAUGUUAAAAGAUGCAAAAAAAGUACUUUCUUUUUUAAAUUAUA